GUCUUGACGUCAGACGCACAGAACGUGUGCGCGCAUCCCCUGAAGUGGCAGCAAACAGCCAAGAUGUUCCGACCCAAACCCACACUGAAGGACAGACAGCAUCUGUACAAGCUGAUCAUCAGUCAACUGCUGUAUGAUGGAUACACCAACAUCGCCAACAGCCUCAUCAGUGAAGUCAAGCCGCAGAAUGUGGUUUCUCCAUCAGAGCAGCUCAUGCAGCUCGCCAAGAUAGGAAUGGAGAAUGAUGACAGCGCUGUGCAGUACGCCAUUGGCCGCUCAGACACUGUGGCCCCUGGUGUGGGCAUAGAUCUGGAGUUUGAUGCCGAUGUGCAGACCAUGUCCCCUGAAGCAUCAGAGUACGAGACCUGCUAUGUGACGUCCCAUAAGGGUCCGUGUCGUGUGGCCACAUACAGCCGUGAUGGGCAACUCAUCGCCACAGGCUCCGCCGACGCCUCCAUCAAGAUACUGGACACCGAGCGCAUGCUGGCCAAGAGCGCCAUGCCUCUGGAAGUUAUGAUGAACGAAACGGCCCAGCAGAACAUGGAGAACCACCCUGUGAUCAGAACUUUGUAUGAUCACGUGGACGAGGUCACGUGUCUCGCUUUUCACCCGACAGAGCAGAUCCUGGCCUCUGGAUCUCGAGAUUACACUCUGAAACUCUUCGAUUAUUCAAAACCUUCUGCAAAAAGAGCCUUUAAGCACGUACAGGAAGCAGAAAUGCUGCGGUCCAUAUCCUUCCACCCGUCUGGGGAUUUCUUACUGGUUGGUACGCAGCAUCCAACACUUCGCCUUUAUGAUGUUAACACUUUCCAGUGUUUCGUGUCCUGCAACCCCCUGGAUCAGCACACAGACACCAUUUGCGGAGUCUGUUACAAUCCCAGUGCCAACAGCUACGUGACCUGCAGCAAAGACGGCAGCAUCAAACUGUGGGACGGCGUGUCUAACCGCUGCGUGACCACCUUUGAUAAAGCUCAUGAGGGUGCAGAGGUCUGUUCGGCCGUCUUCUCCAAGAACUCCAAGUACAUUCUGUCCACCGGGAAAGAUUCUGUUGCCAAACUCUGGGAAAUUUCCACAGGCCGUACGUUGGUCAAGUACACGGGUGCGGGUCUCAGUGGGCGGCAAACACACCGCACUCAGGGUGUUUUCAAUCACACCGAGGACUAUGUGCUACUGCCGGACGAGCGGACCAUCAGCCUGUGCUGCUGGGAUUCACGCACAGCUGAGAGGAAAAACCUGCUGUCACUGGGCCAUAACAACAUCGUGCGGUGUAUCGUACACUCACCCACAAACCCCGGCUUCAUGACCUGCAGCGAUGACUUCAGAGCACGAUUCUGGUAUCGCCGCACCACCACUGACUAACAGACAUUUGUGUGUUUGAGACCCCAAGAAUCUGAGGUUUACUUUUAACAGCCGGUCCUAAACACAGAAAUGUCCACACUGUGUAUGACAUCACCAAAGCUGCGACACACACAAUAUUUUUAAAAGCGUCAAAGAGCUCGAUGUCUCUUCUGACUGCGGUAUCUGUGCAUUACUGUCAGGUAGUGCUGUUUUUUUACUAAAUUUAACCCUUUUUUAAAACUUCGUUUCAUGGAUUUGAGAUCAUUUAGGAUUAUUGGAAUCAUCAUCCAUGAAGAUGCGUUGAUUUAUUCAUUUACAGCUAGUGGAAAAACACAUUUUGUGUUAUUUGUAUAUCUGAUAAGUAGACCGGGAUCAUUCUAUCAUGGCUCAUGCCUAGAAUGUCGUUUUGAUUUGGAUAUGUGUACCGUGCUCUUUGUUUUUAUUAAAAAAACUCUAAGAAA